ACUCCUAUAAACUCCGAUCCACAAUACUUCUUCCACAUCUAUUCUUACGAAUAUACAAUAUUUCCACAAAGUCAUCUUUACAAUGAACACACCAUUAUUGUUAAUUUUCCUUUCUCUCUCCCUCUUCUCUCUCUUUCUAUCCCAAGCAAAAGAUGCACCAAACCCAGUCCUCGACAUCAACGGUACGAUGGUCCAAGAAGGUUUCAUGUACUACGUCGUACCACUAGACCUAGAAGAGGCCGGCCUGGGGUUCAACCUCUUCUCUAUCGGAAUAGAGAACGCUUGUCCCAAGAGUGUCUUCCUAGCUGAGCCUUACUAUUGGAGCUGCCUAAUAGCCUUCCAUUAUCCUGUGAAUCCCGACAACAAAGGUGUGAUUCGGGAAUGGACUGACUUAAACAUUGAAAUAUUUUUCGACAAAUACACCCGUCCUUGUCCGGAACCAAAUUUAUGGAAAAUCGAUGGCGAUCCGUCGAGGUACGAUGUUAAUAUUACGACGGGUGGAGAAAACGGGGAUCUGAGCAGCUGGUUCAAGAUCGUUAAAACCCAGAAUGGCUACAAAUUCAUGUAUUGUCCGUCGGUCUGCGAUCACUAUCGGGUUGUUUGCAAAGAUGUUGGCAUUUCGGAAACGGACGAGAGUCGUUUGGUUCUCAGCGAUACCCCAUUUGAGUUCACAUUUAGGAGGCCAGAGACAUUGGUAAAUGAUGUUGCCACACCUGUGGCACUGGAUGCAAUUGCUCCGAAUCCUUCGAUCCAGGACAUUGAAUCUAUCAUGUAAUUCUUAUUUUAUGAAUCAAACAAUAAGUUGACUUUAUCAACUUGUGUGAGAUGGAUCAGAUUGAUACGAAAAUGUAAUACUCUGUGCGUCUCAUUUUAUCUGUCCU